AUGGAUGCUCGUUCCCUGGAGCAACAAUGUUCGGCGCUUUCACUGGCCGACGAGGAGACAGGAGGACUGGAGGCGCCGGAGCUUCCAACCAUCCCCGAUGCAGCGAUACAACACAAUCUUGUUGGACGCUUCCUCUCCGAUCGCCCAAUUAAGAUCGAUCAUAUGCAACAGGUGUUAGCGUCCGUUUGGCGUCCUGUCAUGGGCAUGUACGCGGUGACAUUGGCUGAUGAUCUUUUCCUGUUCCAGGUUCCCCAUCCGAAAGACCUGCAACGUGUGAUCGCCGAUGGCCCUUGGGCUUUCGACAAUCAGCUCUUGGUGUGCGAUCAGGUCCCGCCGGGAAUCCAACCGGAGGACGUGGCGCUUGACACAAUCCCGUUCUGGGUCCAGAUCCAUGGGCUGCCGGGAAUGUAUGCUUCCCCGGAAUUCGUCUCCAAGAUCGGUGACUACAUCGGACAGUUUAUGGCAGAGGAUCCCCUCAACUUUGGUGGGGCUUGGCGCAGCUACUAUAGAAUUCGCGUCCGGCUGUCUGUGUCGACACCUCUAAAGCGCCGCAUGAGAUUGAUCCGAAGAGAUGGAUCUUCCUAG